AUGGAUUUCAUUCUCCAGACCUGGGACCCUGGCUCUGCGAGAUCCGUCGCCAGGAAGGCCGGUUACUGUCAAGCUUGCGCCGGCAUGCUAUGCACUCCCGAGGGCCUCAAAUCGUUGGAAACCUUACCCGGGUAUCGCCAUUCCAACAUGCACCAGCUCCUAAAGAGCGUCAAGCAAGGGUGCCAGCUGUGCGACAUCAUUCUUCGUGCGGGAUGGGAGGAUCCAAGAAACAAGCUGGGCUCUGAGGAGAAGGUGCAAUACACCGAAAAAGAAAAAGACAGACAGGUCUGGUUUGUCUCGCGGGGGUCUAGAGAGCUGGGACCGUCUGCGUUGACACAUUAUACUGCUAGACGUUGGGAGAGUCGUGUAUACGACAGCCUGGGCGACAAGGUAUGGCUAGAUGGCGGAUUCGUUACUCACAACAAGCCACCUAAAGUCUCAGAGGAGACAUACGUAUGGAGCAGUCUGAUAUCUAUCGCGAUAAUGGCCUCUUUUGAUGAUCCCGCGGCAAAGUACUUUGUCAAUCGACCUAUGCAGACCAGCUUCCUCGACGGCGACAUUAUGGACGAGGCAAAAGUAUGGCUUGACGACUGUGUGGGAGGCCGUCAUGGAACAUGCGUCCCUCCUGAGAAAUGUGAGCUUCCAACCCGGGUCCUGGACGUUGAGCCCAGCCUUGGUCAUAUCGUCCGUUUGCAGGAGAAGAAUACUGGCCAAAUUGGGAGGUACGCGGCGCUCAGUUACUGCUGGGGCGGGCCUCAACCUCUGACAGCCACCAAGAGCAAUCUUCAGACCUUGAUAUCCGGGGUUGAAGUUGAUAAGCUGCCACAGACCCUCCAGGACGCUGUCUACGUCACGCGAAGACUUGGAAUUCGAUAUCUGUGGAUUGACGCCCUGUGCAUUAUUCAGGACAGCCCAGAAGAUAAACUAUCCGAGAUUGGUAAAAUGGGCACAAUCUACCGGAAUGCCAUCGUCACAAUUGCAGCUGCGAAUGCACGGAAGGCCUCAGAGGGGUUUCUCAAAGUUACGACAGAUUAUACCCCGGAAUACUCGUGCAUAAUGCCCGUCCAUCUCCCAGAGAAUCCUCGAGUCGGCCGAGUAACACUGGCGGCGAAACGUCGAUUUUUCUUCACGCACCCAAAUGCUCUACGGACUCGGGGCUGGGCUUUUCAAGAGGCUGUGCUCUCCCGGCGCAUCUUGAUCUUCUCAAGCUAUGCCUUGCAAUGCCACUGUAACCUCGAUCAAGGAAGAUUCCUCAACCUGGGCAACAUUGAUCGGGAGAAACCUGAGAAGCUGUACGCGUUCGGAACCAAGCACUUUGAUAUGUUCGAAACCCACCACAAAAGCCACGGGGAUGGCUGGAUGUCGGGGCUAUUCCUGGGUGGAAUGUGGAACGCCAUGGUCGGCGACUUCACCUCACGAUCGCUCACUGUCGCCGAUGAUCGCCUUCAUGCUCUACAGGGGAUAGCGAAUGAACUGCUACAGUCGAGGCACUUGGCAACUGAUAUCAACAGGACAUAUGUUGCGGGCAUGUGGAUGGCCUGCCUACCAUCACAGCUCGUCUGGUCACGCGACGACCGCACCCCCCUGUGUCCAGAUAAUGGCAAUCUUCCUUUCCGCCCUAUCACGAACAGAUCCAAGAGAGCCCCAGCGUGGUCCUGGGCUAGCUUAGACUGUCCUGUCAUGUUCCUCUCUGUCGAGAUGGUCUCUGAACAGCCAUAUAGAGGCUUUUCGCUUUCGCACGUCUCUUCUGGACCAGGUGGCGUGGAACUAGAGGCCGAAUGCGAUAUCCUAUGUCGCAGUUUGGACGAAUUCCACCACGACUCGUCGAAAGCCCAAGACAUCCGGAUCACCCUUGACCUGGAUGUAGAUGAGCUUCCUGCUACAGCUACAUCUGUCUACUACAUACUUUUAGACAAGUAUAUAAACAUUGGGGGUAUUGAUGAGGGCGACCCCCUCUGGCUGUACUACGUUUCUGGUAUCGUCGUUCACGAGACUGAGGAGGGAGCUUUUCAAAGGUUGGGUUGUUUUAGGUGGGAUGUUGAUCAGCUUGCCGAGGAUGAGUAUACCUUUGGUCAGCGGAGACGGGUCAAGUUGGUGUAA